UCUCCUGAAGAUGCUCAGACACUCAGUGCAUUUGUUACGGAGCCAUUCAAUGCUCCGAACGCUCGCUGCCUUUUCCUCCUACGCAUCUUCUUCUCGACUCGUCUUCUUCCACUCCGUCUUUGAUCCCCUGCCGCCCUCGGAUCGCCCCCACCGCGCUCAGGGUUCUUCCUCAUAGCUGGAUGAGUUGCAUCCAUGGAAGCUCUGAAAGCGAGUUUAAGGCCGGAGGCCUCGCCGUCGGUACAGCAUCAGCUUUCGAGCGAGGAGGCAGGGUGGGUCGUCGAAAGGGGAACCUUUUGGGCGAGGGUUCUCCGUUGACGACCCCCUCGACUUCGGCGAGUUCGCUGAAAACGAGGUGGAGAGGCCGGAAGGGAAGCGGAAACGUAGAACGCCAAAUCGGAUUCUUCUCCUUCACCGUCUUCCGGGCUCACCCUCGUGGUUCAGGCUCCGCCUCCGGCGGCGGCGCUUUCGGAUAUAUGUCUUCCCUGGCGCGCCGGAUCUCUCAGCGCAAGACCCGGCUCUGCAACGCCGGCAACCUUGGAAUUGUUAAAGCCAAUGUGAUAAUACAGAUUUCGUCCCAUAUUGAUUCACCACAUCAGGAAGCUCAACGCUUGGAUUGUAUUCUUAGGGCUGAGGAGCUACCGCAAGAAAAAGACUAUCCUUCCUUCUAUUCCCUUGUUUCCAUGGAAACUCAGGAAGCGGCUGACUCUACCGUAAGGCAGCAUUUCUUUGUUGAUCAAGGGUAUACAUUUGAGGAAAUCACUAGCUUGUCUUUUAUAGAUUUAAACUGUAACCUAAGCUAUGAUGAGCAAAUUGAACUUCUGAACCAGGUGUUGUAUGCCGAGGAUGACAUGGUGGUUAUGGAGCAGGAGGGUUGAACUUGCUGCUCUUCUUCAUGACAUGGGAGAUUACAAGUAUACAAAGUUAGUAUGUCUCUCUCUCUCACACACACACACAGAGUUUAGUGGUCAUCUAUUUCAUGAUUUCAUUGAGAUUUUUCAUUUAAGAUAAUUAUUUAUUUCAAUGACUUCUGUACUUAGUUUCUAUUUUGCUGUAUAUGCGAGGAUGAUUGCUUCAUUGCAAAGUGAAAAAAUAAUUUCUUCUCCAUCCUUGCUUGCAAUUUUGUUGCUUGAAUUUUAAAUGACAUAGGGACUUCUUCUCCAUCCAGAAUUCAUGUGUAAUAUUAAAUAUGUAAAAGUUUACGUUACAAAAUUUACUAUAACGUAUCGGUAAGGACCGCUACAUCUUCUUAAGAACUUGGGUGUAGUAUUAAAUAGACAAGAGUUCUCAUACCAUAGGUUGGAUAAGAACAAAAAUUAUAGGAAGACUAAUAGUCUGGAACAUGAAACAUAAGAACUCUCGCUCUAAAACAAUAUAGGUAGUACAUGUUGGUGUAAUUUGCAUUAACAGUCUAACUCAGGUUUUAAUGAAUGACAAGUGAGUUCAGUUAGAUGCCUUUGUGAUCUAAGUGUUUUACCAAGCGUGCAAGAAUUGAUGAGUCUGGAGGACCAGAAAUCAGAUUAAAAUCCAGCUAGGUUCGCAGGACCGGAUAGCUAGUGCAAGGUCCAGAUAGAUAAAUGGGCUGACCUAAUACGUGGUAGGAAGUCCAGUGGACAACCGGUAGAAGUCCAACUGGGUCUGUGGACCUAACAACUAGCAUAAAGAUCUGGUGGGUUGUGAGGCUAGUCAACUGACUGUAAAUUGGUAAGUGAAGGUAAGUCACUGGAGGAGAGUGACUAGGUGAGAACGUGUCCCGGUUACGGGACAAUAGACGUCGGUCCAGUUUAGGUUUAUUUCGGAUUUCUAAACUGAGACUUUGACUAGAUCCUGGUCUCAGAGGAGACAGUGUCUAAUUACUACUCAGUAUCAUUAUGCUAAUACUUGUCUUGCAGGUUAUUAUUUAGUCUAUGAGACUAACAUAUUUUGCAGGAUAAAAAGAGCAUAAAAAGUUUCCGGUGAACACUACCCGAGGUGCCUUCUCAAGGAUGGAAGGCGCCUUUAAGCAGUGGAAGACACCUUGACACUCUUCAUAGAAGACACCUUUAAUGUAUGGAAGGCGUCUUCUAUAGGGUAAGAAUCAAACCUCAUAGCGAAUAAGGGCCAGUUUGUUGAAAAUCAAAUUUGUCAGGUUGGAGGCGCCUUCAAGGCCUUUGAAGGCGCCUUCCACAGCCUUUAUAAGGGCUUCUCAACCUAAGCUUUUACAACAACUUCUAUACAAGCUUCUACGCGUACGUUUGAGGUUCUGAUUGCUCCAGCUUCCUGCUAUGACUUUGCUAUGACACUGUUGAGCCUGACUACUGCUAAGGAGCAGACCGACACCAAGCCUCUGACAAUCUUCGAAGGUGUUGGGUAACGAACUUGUAAUUUGUGUACUUAAUUAUUUACAAAAGGACGAGUACAGUGUGUUGCACUUGUUCUGUCUUUCCGUGUACUCGAUUUCUUUUUUUGGAGAUACCGAAAAAGGUAUUUUAGUGAAUUACCCAUCGAUAGGUCCGCGUGACCUGAGUCUUAGAGUAGGAGUCGUCGAAGGCUCCAAACUAAGUAAACCGACUGAAUUUGCAUAUUUGGUUGCUUGUUCUUUUACUUCGCUUACUAACUUCCUUUCUCCACUACGUACUUUGCUUUUAAAUUUAAAAGAAAAGACAAGUUUUAAAAACUACGUGAUUCACUCUCCCUCUCACGUGUGAUUCCAUCCAACAAGUGGUAUCAGAGCCGGUUCUACUCUGAAUUGAUGCAACCACCAAUCAAGCCAGGGGAAAGUGAUUUAUUUUCUUUUGGAUUUCAGUUUUUCACAUUUUAUUUGAAUCGGUAAAAGUUUAUCUAUUCAAAUAACUCUUUUUCAUUCGGGGUUUACUCGAAGUUGGUGCAAUACCACUCGAGUUCCUCGAUAUAUUUUAUUUUAUUUUCUUAAACCCUACUAAUCCAAGACUAAGUUUUGGUACCUUUCUCUAGUUUUUCUAUUUCAGUGACAAAUGACUCAUAACUAAGGUUAUAACACUGUUCGUCCGCUCCUAUUCAAUGGGAAUGAUUUCUUAUAUUGGAAGAACUGGCAAGACGGGAGAGGUGACGGUCUCAUCCGUGAGCAAGAGAGAAAACAAAAAACCCCUCUCUUCCUCUCCCACCCCAGCCCUAAUGGUCAAUUUACUUGGGAGAGCAAAAAGUAAAACUAAGAAAAGUUUUUGCACUAGAAAAAUUUUCGUCGUUUACUUCAUUAAAAUUCUCAGAGGGAAGAGAAACACAAUCCAUCACCGGAUAGUUUUGGAGGCAACAUCAAUCAUCUCAAAAUCGGACAGAAAAUAAUAGAUUGAAAAAAAUGAUGUAUGUAGCCAUUUUCAUUCAUAAAAUUACACCAUAUACUAAAAAAAUGAUACAUGUAUCUUUUUUAACUCACAAAAUUAUAUCAUGUACCUAAAAAAUGAUGCAUACACCCUGUUUUAUUUACAAAAUUACGUCGCAUAUAUCCAUCUUCCUCUAUCAAAGUAAACAAGCAUGUAAAGAAAGAGAUUUUUUUUACGCUUUCUCUUCUCUUCCUCUCAGGAUAAUUUUCCACUAUAAAUUGUUUUCCCUUUCUCAUCCACACUUUUGAGUAAAUAGAACAUAAAAAAAACAAUGACAAGAAAAUCCCCAAAAUGCCCCUUCCCUUUGCCCACGUGUCCUUACAUUCACUCACCGCAUCCAUGCCAAGUGAAAUAUAAAGUUUAGUCAUUUGCCCCUUACUCACUUAAAAACCAUGGUCCUUCUUGCAAAAGCAAAAGCAAAAGCUGGAAGAAAUCUGCCCCAUCCUGAAGAAGGAAAUAUAGGGGUGGACAAAUGUACACUGUGCUAUCAAGGCUAGCCUACAAAUGAAUUUUGCUAUGGUGACACAAUUGGUAUAUAAUAGACCCUAUGGAUUACAGCUCAAGGAGAUCUUGUUAAGCUCAGUCCAAUACCUUAGUGAGCCAUAUAUAAGCUUUGCCUUCAUCUAAACAAGCAAAUUAGACCAGAUAACAAUGUAGAGCAUGCCAAACUCCCACCCCCACCUCCUCAAAAUAAGGUUGUUUUGUGUUCAUAAAUAAACUUAUUACCAAUCUUGCUGAUACUAUCAUGAAGAAACUUAUUCAUAGAUAGAUAACAAGAAUAUUAUUUCAAUAGACUGAUGUGUUCUUGUUCCAUAAAAAUGAAAAUGACUUCCGACUUUAAUCAAGUUUGAGUAUAAGCUCCUCCUACAAUCGACAACCAACUUCAAUUCCCAAGGAUAAGGGACUAAAGUAUCCAAACUAGAGUUGCCAUGAGAUUAGUAAAAU